AGCACUGAUUAAGAACGCGGAACGCUUGAAAGCUCGUCCCUGUUGCUGAGGGACACAUUAGAGGGCCGUACGGACUUGUCAACACAACUGAAGAACGGUAACGAGCACCGGUCAAGCAUGAAUGUGAACCAGGGGACGGUGGGCAGCGACCCGGUCAUUCUGGCCACGGCUGGAUACGACCAUACUGUCCGCUUCUGGCAGGCCCACAGCGGGAUCUGCACCAGGACAGUCCAGCACCAGGACUCUCAAGUUAAUUCUCUUGAGGUCACACCUGACAGGAGCAUGAUUGCAGCUGCAGGUUAUCAGCACAUCCGCAUGUACGACCUAAACUCCAACAACCCCAACCCGGUUAUCAACUACGAUGGAGUUAGCAAGAACAUCACGUCUGUGGGCUUUCACGAAGAUGGGCGUUGGAUGUACACGGGAGGAGAGGACUGCAUGGCUCGCAUCUGGGACCUGAGAUCAAGAAAUCUGCAGUGUCAGAGGAUUUUCCAAGUUAAUGCUCCAAUCAACUGUGUGUGCCUGCAUCCUAACCAGGCAGAGCUGAUUGUUGGAGACCAGAGUGGAGUGAUUCAUAUCUGGGAUCUCAAGACCGACCACAAUGAACAGCUGAUUCCCGAGCCAGAGGUCUCAAUCAACUCAGUUCACAUUGACCCAGAUGCCAGUUAUAUGGCAGCGGUCAACAGCUCGGGAAACUGUUAUGUGUGGAACCUUGCUGGAGGCAUCGGAGAUGAAGUGACUCAGCUCAUUCCCAAAACUAAGAUCCCUGCACACAAACGCUACUCUCUCCGCUGCAAGUUCAGCCCUGAUUCAACACUAUUAGCCACAUGCUCAGCAGAUCAGACCUGUAAGAUCUGGAGAACGUCCAACUUCUCACUUAUGACUGAACUGAGCAUCAAGAGCAACAAUCCUGGAGAGACGUCAAGAGGCUGGAUGUGGGACUGUGCUUUCUCUGGAGACUCCCAGUACAUUGUAACAGCGUCGUCCGACAACCUGGCUCGCCUGUGGUGCGUGGAAACCGGGGAGAUCAAGAGGGAAUACAGCGGCCACCAGAAGGCCGUGGUGUGUCUGGCCUUCAACGACAGUGUACUGGGCUGAGGCGGAGGAGGACUCUGAGGAGGGAGAUGAAGUGACAAGAGGCAGCAGACAGGACCACAUUAUUCACAUUAACCUUGUGCUCGGAUUGAGUAAUCUCUCCUGUGUGAUAUAUGAUAUGUAAAAUUCAUUUGAUACUCUUUAUUCAGAGUUGUAAGGUGUACUAUUCUCAAUGAUCCCAUGUGGAUUAGCAAGUGUUGAGAGUAAAUGAUGAUUGAAAGUACAGUGCUUCUACAGUAAAGAUCCCACAGUGUAGUCAGUCCCUUCUCACUGUAAUGAAGAAAAACUGGCCAAAAAUACACAACAGUCUUUUAUUGGGCAGAUCAAAACACUCACAUUGCAACAGGAAUGGUUACACAUAAUUACACUGUAGUAGUAGGUUACAGGAAAUACAGUUAGAGGCAUUUACAAAAAAAGGGGAUCUUUCUUCUGUAAUCUCUGAAGUGUGCCACCAGAGAGGGUAUUACACAUGAAGAGGAGUGACGAUGGGGCUUUGGCGAUAACUGUGACAACCUGUCUCCAUCUCUUCUCUCUCGGAAGGAUGGAGACGGACUGGAGGGGUUGGCUGCUUCAAUGGUUUACUGGUGGCUGUAUGGCACAAAGGAAACAGUCAAAGCUGGCUUUUGUUCUGUUUUUUUUUUUUUUUUUCCGUCUUGAAGAGGGAGAGCUAAAAAGACAACUUUGUUUCCCUGAUCUUUUUGCUGGGAGGAGAAGAAUUGAAUAUACACACAGUCACUCUGGCAGGUAGUAGAAACAGACAGAUACGCAGAUGUUGCUGGGAAAGCAGAUGUCAAUGCAGAAGUAGACCAGCCUCUGUUUGCCCGGGCCUGAGAAAGAGGGAGACAAUGGUGACUAAUAAAAAAUGUGUAAUUGUUGAUAAGACACAGCUUCAAUGGGCAGGGCAGAAUUUUCCUGACAUUUACACCAGUCACAAAAUGAGUCUUUGUUGCAGAUUAAUGUCAUUUUUUUCUAUAAUAUUUACAGUCUAGACACAGAUUAUGGUUUAAAGCAGCCUUAAGUAUGUGAUAUUCACUACUAAAAAAAACUGGCAGCAGCACCACAUGCACUUGGUUGUUAAGUGAGUAUAAAGUUAAGUAUGUAAUGUUUCAGCCUGCCAUUUACUGCCACAGUGGAAAGGUCACUGUACAUCAUAGAUUAGGGUUAAGUUUCAGCCUGACACUUUGCUUCAUUAUGGAGGUGCCAGCUGACUAAUUUUAAAAACUGCCCAUGCAGAGCCUCUGUGGGAACCGACAAAUGAAUCCUGAACUCACCCUGUGUUAAACAUGACUUUGCAUUCUUUGUUAAGUUUUAAGCUACAUGUUAUGGAAGCUUUAAGAAAAAAGAUAAAAAUAAAAAAAGAUGAAACUUAA